ACCCUGUCCAAAUUUCUCACUCCAUCUCUUCCUCGGUUGCGAGAGGCGCAGGGAGAUGGAGAGGGCGGCCCCGGUGAGGAGCUCCCACACCUCCACGGCCGGCCUGCUCGCGUGGCCGCACCCCGAUGGCGCCGGGCCGCUGCCGGCACGCCGCCCUAACCAGCCGACGGAGGAGUUCAGGAAGGUGGUGUUCGGGGGCCAGGGCGCCGAGGCGGUCGACGGCGUCAACAAGAUGAGGACGGGCUCGGCGCCCAAGUUGAAGGAGAUGACGGGGAGCGGCAUAUUCAAGGCCGGGAGCGCCGCCGCCGCCCCAGCUGCAUCCCGCGAUCGCCAGGCAAGCCAGAUCACUUUUGGUCAGGACGGAAGCAUUGCUCCCAGGAAGCCAAAUUCAGUAGCUGAGGUGGCGAGGCAUCGUGAGCUUAGCCGCACCAUUCAGAGCGAGGGAGAUGGUAAGAUGAAGAAGCAGGUCUCCACUGCAAAAUCCAAGGAGCUCAGCGGCCACGACAUCUUCGCCGAUCAUGAGGAUCCCAAGCCCAACAGGUCAAGGAGAUCGGACUACAGCAGCUCCGCCUCCCUGUCGCAGGUGAGCACCUUCUCGUUCGGAGAGGCCGACGCCGACAGCGCGGCAAAGAUGGCGAAGAAGAAAGGAACCAGCAACAAGCCUGCUGAUCUGAAUGGCAAGGCCAUCGUCGAGAAGGAUUCGGCGCCCGCGGCGAAGCAGCCCCCGAACCGCGCGAAGCUGGAAGAAGCGGCUGGUAGCAGCAGCGUUUCUGCGGACGGGAAGGCCCCAGCGACCGGAGAGCACGCUGGCCGCCGGACCCGGCAGCCUCCCGGCGGCGACAGCAGCAUCUCGCUGGCCUAGCUAGCUGUCUUGGGAUGCAUCAUGCUCUCCGCUCUGGGCGGCCGCACUGGUGGUUGGUUGGGCCGUCAGUUUGCGGCCUUGUUUUGGUGCUCUACGUUUGGUUUGUCUGCGUGGCUUGGGUUGGUUGUGACAUACCCAAUGGAACAAGGGGUACCCAUGGCGUGUGGUGCCCGUUUUGUUGUGUGUACGGUGGAUAUAUAUGUUUGGCAAAUAAGGAACCGGUGGUUAUUUGGUGGAGAA